CUCAACUCUGUGGUGCUGCACUGAGGGAGAGAUCUCUGUUCUCCAUCCACUUCUUUUCUUCUUUUCUUAGUAGUUUUGUCUUCUAAGUUUUUGUUGUUUGUCUUCUGUGAAUCAGUCAUGAGCUCCAGCCUUGUCAACUCUUUAGCCAAGGUUUAUGACCCAAACCCUCUUCAUGGUCAGAAACCUGGUGGAAGGAAGCUGUCUCUUAACGGAUCAGACAAGUUCCAAGCUUCUUCCCCUUCGUCAACAUCUACCUCCUCUUCCCAAGAUGCUGCCCUGCGCUGCGUGGAGAGCCGAAUGGACUCCCUGAGCUCUCAGAUGGAGCGUUUGCUCAGCAUGCAGCAAACGGUCUUGACCCGGCUGGAUGGUCUGUCUCAGGACGUGAGGGGUAUGGGACGGGAUCUGGCCUCUUUCUCUGAAGAGGGCCAGAGGGGAAGACGUGGGUCAGGGGUGGAGGCGGCGUGCAGGGAGCUGCGUGGGGCAGUAGAGAAGACCAGCGAGUGGAUGGAGAGUCAGGGACGCAGGCUGGAAGGGGUUGAGAAGCUGGUGGAGGGCACCCAGCAGGUGAUCAGCUUCAUCGGGGAGGUGGUGAAGAGCUCCAGGCUGGUGGAGCUGCUGUUCAGACAGCCUGGAAACAAGGCUAACAAGAAGGCAAAGGAUGACAAGGAUAAAGCCAAACUGAGCCUGAAGGGCUUGAAGGCCCAGAAGAAGAGGAAGCCCCCGGACACAUCAGAUUCGUCCUCCCUGAACGAGCCUGUGCUGCAGGAACAGGUGGAGAAGCUCAACAGGCAGAACACUGAGCAUUCCCAUGUCAGUGCAGAGGCUGAAGCCCAGAGGGGGGAGGACAGAGGAAGUGGAGGGAGAAGACAGGAGCCGGCAGAGCUAAUUCUGGAUGGACCACACACCUCCGCCAUCCAGUCAGAGGAGAGGAAGAAGACAACCAAGGAGAGAGAGGAGGAAGAGGAGGGGGAUCUCUUUGAGGACUCUGAGCAUGAGGAAGGAGAGGAAGAGGGAGAAGAUGUUAGUGCAGGACCAGCUGGAAAAGUGGAGGAUGAUGGGAAGAAAAGGCAUAAAGGGGAGACGGAGGAGUUGUCAAAAUCAGAAACAGACAUUUGCAAGACCUCUGUCCUCCCACAGGAAAGCUCUGAGGAGGUCAGUGAUGUGGCCACCUGCAGCAAACGCCGCGUCACGGAGGAAGACCUGGUGAAGGACGACCUCAAAAAAAGCAGAGUGGACAGUAAAGCGGAAAGUGCUGAUGGACAGGUGGUGGAAGGAGGGGAGCCACAGGCCUUUAAAUCUGAAGAAGCAAAGGCGGAAGUGGAGCAGGAAGGGCAAGAGGGAGAGUCAGUGGUGAAAGAAUUUACUAUUGACUUGAGCCCUCCACCCCUGGCACCUUUCGACCACCGCAUCGUGACCCCCAAACCCCAUCAGAUAGCCACCUAUUACACUAUCAACAGAGAUGAGGUCCUGGGAGGGGGACGUUUUGGCCAAGUACACAAGUGCAUAGAGAACUCAUCUGGUCUGACGUUGGCUGCCAAGAUCAUCAAAGCCAGGAGCCAGAAAGAGAAGGAGGUGGUGAGGAAUGAGAUCCAGGUGAUGAACCAGCUGAACCAUGCAAACCUCAUCCAGCUUUACGCCGCCUUCGAGUCACGCCACGAUAUCAUCCUAGUCAUGGAGUACGUGGAGGGAGGGGAGCUGUUUGACCGCAUCAUUGAUGAGAACUACAACCUGACAGAGCUGGACACGGUGCUGUUUAUACGCCAGAUCUGUGAGGGGCUGCAGUACAUGCAUAAAAUGUACAUCCUACACCUCGACCUCAAGCCUGAGAAUAUUCUUUGUGUGAGCAGAGCCACUAACAAGAUUAAAAUCAUCGACUUUGGCCUGGCCAGGAGGUAUAAACCUCGGGAGAAGCUGAGGGUCAACUUUGGAACACCUGAAUUUUUAGCUCCUGAAGUCAUCAACUACGAGUUUGUUUCAUUCCCCACAGACAUGUGGAGUCUCGGAGUCAUCACGUACAUGCUCCUCAGUGGUUUGUCUCCGUUUCUGGGAGACGACGACAACGAGACGCUGAACAACAUCCUGGCCUGUCAGUGGAACUUUGAGGAGGAGGAGUUCACGGACAUCUCUGACGAGGCCAAAGACUUCAUCACCCGACUGCUGGUGAAGAGCAAAAGCUGGAGGAUGAGCGCUACAGAGUCCCUCAGACACCCCUGGCUGUCAGACAGGAAUCUGCACUAUCGACUAAAUCAGAAGAAAAACAAGUGCCACUCCACACAUGCUCCUCCUCCAGAGAGCCAAGCAGAAACACUGUGAGGCCCUCAGCAUGCCUUCUGACAAUGUAGGGCCCUGGAGCCCAACACUGGACCAAUGCUGCUGUAUACCUGUAUGGCUACUGGAAAACUACUCUCUGCCUCGCAUCUUCAUGUAAGCUUAGCCCCGCAGCUUGUAGCUCUGACCUGAACAGUGUGAGGCACACACUUUCAUUUGUCGGUGCCAUCAAGGCAUAAACGGUCUGUUAGCGUGGUUGCUGUCCUGUGGAGCGCAAAACUCAGGCUGAACCACAGAGGACUCUCUAGCUCUAAGGUGUGUAGCUAGCGUAGCUGCCAAUGUAAAAAGAACGCAUUGUAUCCCCAACGGUGAAUCAAAAACAUUUGUUGUGUAACUUGUCACUUCUACAACUACGACACGUAUCACAGCCACCGUAAAGAAAAUCCAGCACUGCUGUUCUCUCACUGACAGUGAUCAGCUUGUCAUGUUGUCCUGGUUUGUUGCAUGCUUUGCACUUUUUGGCCUGUUUCUCCGAGAUUCAGCGAAACAAAACAUAGACUGAAUUCUAUUAUUUAAAUAAUAUAUUUUUGAGGAUACUGAGUUUAUCUUUCUUUUGAAGUCUUAUUAAAUAAAAUUGUAUUUGUUCUCAAACAUAAGCUAAAAACACAUUUAGAACUUGGCUGAAGUUCCACUAAUGUUAAUUUAUUUUGUAUAUAACACAGUAACACUUCGUAUCUACCGUUCCCCUGAAAAGUGAGAAUAUCUCAAUGACUGAAUACGUCCUGGUCUGUGUCAUGUUCAACCCACAUUUCUGGUUCAUUUUCACAGUAGACUGGAUUGCCUUCUGUAUGCAGUCAUGCCGCUAGCUCGCCUUUGCUUCGGCAGUUUGGAGUAGCCCUGUCACCUUCCAUGAAGGCAUAACGAACAACAGAAUACUACCUAUGAAUGAUUCAUGUUUAUGACUGAAGUGGAUUCUUAUGUUCAUUUAUUUACUGGUUCAACACCAGUCUGUACUUGAAGUGCAAAGCUUUUAUUCAAGAUGGGAUGUUUUUCAGGGGAGACAAACAGGAUUUCACUUAUCCGUCGUGUGUAAAGUCACAGUUCAGCUUGAUGGAUUGUCCCACUCAGUUCUUGGCUGUUCCAUUUGAAAAAGCUUUGUGAUUUUGAAUACUUGUUUAUUUGAAUUUAUGAUACUUUUUUUUUUCAAGUUUUCUUGUGUAAGGAGACAUAAAUAAAAUGUAGAAUAUAAAUAAGGAAACAAUAAAGCACACUAGAAAAUAAUAGAGUGUUUCUUAAUAAUGUAUUUCUAUUGAAAUAAAUAACAGAACUU